GCCCUCCAUGGCCGACGACUUCCGUCUCCAGGAGGAAUGUCAGCAUCUGCAAGAUACUUCAAGCUAUGUUAUCGAGAAUGAACACGAUGUACGCUCUAUGGAUAGCCAUGAGGUUACCACGUUGCUCGAGGAUGCUGUUGAGCAAGUCGCUGUGUCAUCUGAAAAUAUAGCCACCCCGCAGGUGUUUGAUGCAUAUCGGAGUCUUCUCAAGCAUGCAGACUCGUUACAGGGUUCUACGAUGAACAAGCUCCUCGACUCUGUCACCUCGGGUCUUCUAGCAGAAUAUGAUUCAGCUAUGCGAGACCUCGACACAGGUGAUCCAGAAUCGAUCAGCGCGCACAGGACGCCGCUCGAGAUGUAUGCUUUUCUUCUUCAGUGGUUCGUUAGUGCCGCAGAAAAAGUGAAGUCUCAAGGUACAGAGGACAACUCUGGUGGGCCUGCCGUUGCUGCACCAAAGCCACGACGAGGCAGGGGUGGGAAAGUGGCAAAUUCGAGGACGAAUGCGGCUUCCAGGAAGGAUGUUCAGUGGACCUGGUUUGGACAGAUUCCACAGGCACUUGCGCUGAUUAGUAAAGUAUUGAGGCUGAAAACGCAUCGAAUAUGGACGACGACGCCCGAUCGGGAUGCGUUUAUCAACUGCCUUACACGCCCUGCAUAUCACAUUAGCGAAUCAGAGACAUACAUGAAAUCCAACGAGAUUAAACUCGGGGUGUACAAGGUCAUCUGUCUCGCGGUCAAACACCAUGGGCACGGUUUCGGCGCGCAAAUCUCCAUUAUGCAGUGCCUACAGUACUACGAACAUCUGUCUGAGCCAAUGGCAGAGGCGCUGACCGUGCUCUCGAAGGAGUUUGAUCACAGUCAGCUUGCGGAGGAAAUCCUACGUGAGAUUGCUGGGAAGAACUUUAGUGGACAGGAUACGAAGGGACCCCGUGCAUUUUCGAGGUUCCUUGUACGCCUUGCAGAGCUAUCGCCCCGCUUGGUUUUGAAGCAGAUAAGCUUGCUUCUUGCGCAUCUGGAUAGUGAGUCGUACCCCAUGCGUAUGGCGCUUGUUGAAAUUAUCGGCUGCCUCAUUCGCGAAAUCGCCAUGUCAGAAGAUGAAGACCAAGAAGCUCGCGAAAAGAAACUCAACAAUCUCUUUGAUCUCCUAUUGGAACGUUAUCUCGACCUUUCGUCUUACGUCCGAGCCAAGGUCAUAACAACUCUCAUUAAGCUCUGCGAUCUUCCUGUCAAAUUUCCCAAACAACGUUUGGCAAUGACAGAGGCGACUGUUGGUGCCCUGGAAGACAAGGGUAGCAGUGUUAGACGCCAUGCGAUCUCGCUUUUGACAAAAUUGAUCUUAACACAUCCAUACGGACUUAUGCACGGCGGAUUGCUGAAACUUGACGAAUGGGAGGAUAGAUAUCAGGAAGUUUGCAAGGAGCUGGAUGCGCUUGAUCUGAAAGAGAUGGAGAAGCCUCCUGUGGAGAAGGAGAAUGAUGAGGAAGGCGACGAGGACGAAGAGGACGACGAUGAGGAUGAAGACGAGGAUGAAGAAGGCGAAGGUGAUGAGCAAACUAAUGAAGAGGUUGGCGAGAGUAGUGAUGCGGAUAUUACUAGCUCUCCAAUGAAGGCAGUGCAGAAGCGCAUGCGAUCUUCCCGGGCAAGGAGGAAGACAGUUCCUGCUUCUGGCGAUGAUGAGGAUGAAAUGGAUGUGGAAGUCCCCAUCCCUCAGGAUGAAGAAAUGGAAGGCAUUGAAGGCGAAGAAGGCACUGAAGACGCCAUUGUCGAGGAAGGAUAUGAAGGGGACGAAGGCUUCUACGAAGACGAAAACGGAAAUGCAACACCAAUGCUCAGCUAUGCCGACGCCGGGAUGAUGCCAACACCUCUUCGUACACCAAAGACUCCGUGUAAAUCCAUGGUACCCACACGAACGCCACGCACUAUCCCCAAAUCCGCCUUCAAGUCCGCGAAGGAGGAUAAGAAGAAAAAGAAGGCGAAGAAGCCGCGAAAGAGUCAGCUUGAUAUAUCUGCGUUGACGGAUGAGCAGGUUGCACUAGCCGCGCUGCAGAGCAGCCAGAUAUUGAAUCUGAAACUGCGAAAGAAAUAUUAUGCGGAGGCAUUGAAUUUUAUCAGGCGGAUUGAGGGUGCGAUGGAGAUUAUUGGGCAAUUGCUUGGAUCGACGAAUAAGGCGGAAGUCUUGGAGUCGAUUGAGUUCUUCCGGGUUGCCCACGAAUAUCAAUUCGUCGGAGCAGAGGCUGGUAUCAAGAAAAUGGUGCACCUCAUAUGGUCAAAGGAUAAUAGUUCAACAUCGGAAGACGGGAAAGAGCUCAAAGGUAUACGGUCACGCCUCCUUGAAUGCUAUCGCAGCCUCUACUUUGAUCCACUCCCGGACAUGGAGCCGAAACAGCAAGUCAACAGGAUUGCCAAGAACAUGAUUGAGCUCACAUACGACGCGACUCUAGCUGAGCUCACUUCUCUGGAGGAGAUGAUGAGGACGAUGAUGGACGAUGAUCAGAUACACGGUGAUGUCAUCGCGAAGCUUUGGCAGGUGUAUAGCUCGGAGAAACAGCUUCCAAGGGAGCAGCGUAGAGGAGCAAUCAUUAUCCUCGGCAUGCUAGCUCUAGCUAGGAGGUCGGUUGUCACAGAUCGAGCCGAGACACUCCUAAAGAUCGGACUAGGCGUAUUUGGAAGGGUUGAUUUGUUACUUGCUCGGUAUACCUGCGUCGCGUUGCAGCGACUCAAUGGAAGCGCCAAGAAGGUCAAAGGCUCGCUCUUAGACAAGACUCUUCGCCUAGAGAUGGACAAUCCUAUAUUCAAGAGGCUCCAAGAAGCCAUUCUUCACCCAUCACGGUCGAAAGAAUGGUUCGGAAUGGCGGAACAAGCUAUCAACACUAUUUAUGGUCUCGGUGAACACCCGGAUGUCAUGUGUAAUAACCUGAUCAAGAUUCUUGCACGUAGAGCAUUUACGCCGCGGGAUAGGAGUGAGCAAGUGGAGAAGCCAGUUGCGGAGGAUGCCAUGGAUGAAGAUCCGGUGCCGGAAGAAGGCAGUGUUCCACCUACGCCGAGGGCGCAAUCGGCUCAGUCUUCGUCUGGUCCGACGGAUAAGGGCGAUGCAUUUGAGCUCAGCCAGUUGUUGUUUGUUGUUGGGCAUGUCGCUAUCAAGCAGAUCGUGUAUCUGGAACUGGUCGAGCGAGAAUGGAAGAGACAGAAGGAUGAGAAAGAGAAAGCCGAGAAGGCAGCGGCUAGUGAUAAUCACCGCCACAGCAAGGAUGGAGAAGAAUUGGAACAGGUUGCAGGUAAUGCUGAGGACGAAAUCGGCGAACGCAUUGCCGCAGUGCGCGAAUCGGAGUUGCUCUAUGGACCUGAUUCUCUACUGGCCAUGUUCGGUCCUAUGAUCGUCCAUAUUUGUGGAAGUCCACAUAAGUACAAGAACAAGACCUUGCGAACAGCCGCGAUCUUAGCAUUCAGCAAGCUCCUCUGUGUCAGCUCCCAAUACUGCGACCAGCACCAUCGGCUCCUCUUCAAGAUCCUGGAAACGUCAAAGGAUCCCAACGUCCGAAGUAACGUUGUCAUCGCGCUCGGCGACGUCGCGGUGUGCUUUAGCAAUAUCAUCGACGAGAACAGCAACGAGCUGUACAAGGGCUUAUCGGACCGCAACCUUGUUGUGAAGAAAAACACGCUCAUGGUGCUGACGCAUUUAAUCUUGAAUGGUAUGAUCAAGGUUAAGGGUCAGUUGGGAGAGAUGGCAAAGUGUUUGGAGGAUCCUGAGCAGAGAAUUGCGGACUUGGCUAAGCUUUUCUUCACUGAGCUCUCGACCAAGGAUAAUGCGAUCUAUAAUAACCUGCCAGAUGUUAUCAGUCAUUUGUCAGUCGGAGAACAUGCCGUCGACGAAGAAGCGUUCCAGAGCACAAUGAAGUAUAUCUUCACUUUUAUCGAGAAGGCAAGUUUCCCUCCAUAUCAUUCCUCUUACUGCAAUGAAAAACAAGCUGAAAGCAUUGUCGAGAAACUCUGCCAACGUUUCCGACUCUCGGAAGACCCACGUCAAUGGCGAGACGUCGCGUUCUGCUUAUCACUCCUUCCCUUCAAGUCAGAACGGUCGGUAAAGAAACUCAUUGAGGGCCUGCCGUUUUAUCAGGAUAAGUUGCAUGAGGAGACGGUGUUUGCGAGAUUUAGCGAGAUAUUGGGGAAGGCAAGAUCAAACAAGUCUGCAAACAAACCUGACUCAGAGCUUAAAGAGUUCGAGGGUAUCCUUGAAGAACAUAAACGACAAGGUGAAGAGGACCAUGCACUUGAAAAACGUGCAGAGGGUAAGAAGGCUGCUGCGAAGAAGCGGGCCACUCGUAAAGCAGGACGACGGAAGGCGAAAGAUAGGGAUGAUGAUUCUGAUUAG